AUGGAAGAGGCCGUGGAAGUGCGGCUGCACAGGGACGUGGAAAACUUCUUUGCCGAAUGCUCCGAGCUGGUUGUAAGGGACCUCGCGCAGAGCCAGGUCCUACUGGGCCAAGUUACAAAACCCGGAUCGGAGGUUUUGUCAUCUCCCAGAGGCCUGCCGACGCAAAGCCCGGUGGAGAAGGCCCAGGUGAAGCAGCUCUUCAGCUUCCAUGCGCCACAGGCCCGGGGUGUCGUUUUGCUUUCGCCUGGGCCGCCGGGCGUGCGGCCAGAGCUCGCUUUGACGAUGGCCGGGGAGCUCAAGGAAGCUUGGGUAGCCGAGGCGCUGUCCAUGGUCCACCCUGAGCUGACGAGGAUGAUCAUGACAGCCUUCGGCCCUCAAGAAGCGGUCGAGGAGGCGGCCCGAGCUCUGCAGAAGCUGCUCCCGGCCAUUUCCUGGACCCCCACAAGGGUUAUAACGGCCAUGGAGCUCUCAGCACCAAGUCUUGAAGUCGCAGAGCCCCCAGCUGGGCAGAUGCUUCGCGUGCUCCCUGUCAAGGAAGAGCCUCUGCAAGCUGUUCCUGCCGGCCUCUGCCACGAAAUGCUCUUUGCGGAGGAGGCAGUGGUAGAAAAGCUGACGGACUACCAUGUGGCCUUCAAAAAGGAUGUCGGCCUAUAUGACCCUGAAGAAACACGGGAAUGGCACCGACAGGCCACCGAGGCUUUAAUUGCCACGUGCGAAGUUUAUGUGUGGCAGGUGGGCUCUGACAUUGCCACCAUCUCGGUUGCUGCUAGAGCUCUGGCAGAUGUUGGGCGUGGGAUCACGAUGGUGUACACAUCGCCACCGCACCGAAGGCGGGGCUGCGCCGCGGCGUUGGUCACAGCGAUUGGGGCUGCCCUCAACAAGCGAGGCCUUCGGACGUGCCUCAACGCAGAUGCAGGGGGAGCGUAUGGUGCGAAGAGCCUCUACGCAAGCCUCGGCUUCGCAAACCAAGGCCUGAUGCAGCAAGUGCGCUUCUCUGAAUGUGCGCCCGAGCCGUGUGCCUGA